UCGCUGUCUGGUAUCACUGCCAUUGUGACGUCACGAGAAUAAGCUGACGACACCUUUUUAGUAAUCGCCACAAAAUGGAUUUCAUAGGCGUAUCGUAGUUUAUCUGCAGUGUUUUGUGUUUAAAACAAUUAAAAAGACAAAUUUUUUCCGUGUCUCAGUGUAUUUUCGUGCCCGCGCGAAAAGUUUUAACAAUUGUAGUGACAGCAAGUGAUGAAGACAAGAGAAAAUGGCGACGUUCGAACGCCUGUUGAUAACCAGGAAAUCUAUUUUAAUAGCUGAGAGAUACAAAAUUGUCCGCAAAAUCGGCGGUGGAAGCUUCGGAGAUAUCUUCUUAGCAAUAAGCACAUCAGAUGGAGAGGAAGUCGCAGUCAAGGUGGAGUCUAUGAAAGCGCGCCACCCACAGCUUCUAUAUGAGAGCCGUGUAUAUAAAAUGCUCCAAGGGGGCAUAGGCAUACCUCAUAUAAGAUGGUACGGUUACGAGCGCGACCACAACAUCCUCGUGAUGGACCUGCUCGGCCCGUCCCUCGAGGAUCUGUUCAACUUCUGCUCCAGGCAGUUCACCAUCAAGACGGUGCUGAUGCUGGCAGACCAAAUGCUCGGUCGCGUCGAGUUCAUACACUGCAAGUGUUUCAUCCACCGCGAUAUCAAGCCGGACAACUUUUUGAUGGGCAUCGGCCGCCAUUGCAACAAGCUGUACAUGAUCGACUUCGGUCUGGCCAAGAAGUACAGGGAUCUGCGCACGCGAGCGCACAUCUCGUACCGCGAGGACAAGAACCUGACCGGUACGGCUCGAUACGCGUCGAUUAACGCUCACCUCGGCAUCGAGCAGUCGCGCCGUGACGAUAUGGAGUCGCUUGGAUAUGUGCUCAUGUACUUUAACAGAGGGUCGCUGCCAUGGCAAGGUCUGAAAGCGAUCACAAAGAAGCAAAAGUACGAGCGUAUCAGCGAAAAGAAAAUGUCCACGCCCGUUGAGGUGUUGUGCAAGGGCUUCCCCGCCGAGUUCGCGAUGUAUUUGAACUACUGCCGCGGCCUCACGUUCGAUGAGUCGCCCGACUACAUGUACCUCAGACAGCUGUUCCGCAUCCUGUUCCGCACGAUGAACUACCAGUACGACUACACGUUCGACUGGACGAUCCUGCGGCAGCGCAAGCACGCCAUCACCGAGGCGGGCGGGGCUGCGGCCGCCGCGCCGCCCGCCGACCGCCGCUCGCCCUCCGUGCAGCGCCGCGCCGCCAACCCGCCGCAGCCGCCGCCCAACGAGUGAAAGAGAUUACAACGUUCGGCAGCCACGGGCGCACCGACGAGGAAGCGAGCGCGAUAGCGUCGCUGUGUGAGCCUGUGCGGCCGGGCGCGUUCCGACCGACACGACCGCGAUACGACAACGAUACGGCCACGAUACGACCAAGACAUGACCACGAUACUACUAAGAUAGGCUGUAUCCGUGGGUCGUGUCCCAGCGGUGUAAUGUGAUCACGAUACGGUCGUAACUGCGGUCGUGUUACCGCGGUGUGUGUCAAGACGAAGUGCAGUGUCGAGUGUUGUGUGUGCAGUGUGUCAGCGUAGUGACGUCGGAUUGUGAGCGGGACUUGUGCGUUGUGCGCGUUUGGGCUGCGUUAACGUGACGUUUGCGUUGCGUUGCGUUUGCGUUGCGUUGCGUGACGUAAAAGUAACUUGCGUGUGGCGCUAAAGUAACUGCGUGACGUAAAAGUUACUGUGCGUGUCGCUUUGUGGGGUUAAAGUUACUUUACGUGACGCUAAAGUUACUAUGCGUGACUCUCAAGUCACUUUCAGAUGGUAAAGUUACAUUGCGUGACGUGACGUUUCUUUAAGUGAUGCUAAUGUUACUUUUUGUGACGCUAAAGUUACUCUGCGUGGCCCAGCGUGACAACUCACGCUAGCGAGACACGCUCGUUAGUUGUGCAUUGACAUUGUGUGUGUGUGCGAUAUGUGACUGUGCGAUUUGUGCCACGUCAGCGAUGGACACAUGUAUUUUUUUCUAUUGAGGCCUUUUAAUUUAAAUGUCAGUAUAGUGAUAUUACAGCCACAGGUUGUAUUUAAAAAAGAUCGGUGACAAAUUUUUCUCGUGCACAUGUAAAAGUAAUUCCCCUUACUUUUGUCUUGUGUUUAAUAUUUUUUGGUAACAUUUAUUUUAUAUAGAAACUCGUUUGUCCAUCAAUUUCGAUUUAUUGUAUAAAUUA